UGUGUGGAGCGGUUGUGUUGAACGGGAUAUUUCUCUGAACUGAGAGGUGCUGUUAAUGUGAACUGAACCUGCAUUUACACAAUACUGCAGAUAUGGAGCCCAGACAACAGGAGCUGUAUUCUAGCGUACUGACUCCUGAAACAAUAGUAGACUGGGAAGACAGAGAGACUUUCCAUGCAGGUUUUUUGGACAAAGAGCCUCUAAAGGAAGUGGAUGAGGACAUGGUAUCAGAGGUGGAUCUCAACAACACUGUCACAGAAGAGGAGCGAGAGGAAAUGGAGAAUGAACUGACUAAGUUAGAAGAAGAAAUCACAACUUUGAAACAAGUGCUGGCCUCCAAAGAAAAGCGUCACUCAGAGCUGAAACACAAACUAGGGAUCACACCCCUGUGUGAACUGCGACAGAACUUCACCAAGAGCUGGUAUGACAUGCAGACCAGCACUGCAUACAAAAAGACGUCUGAGACCCUGUCUACGGCAGGACAGCGGACCUCAGCGGCCUUCAGUAACCUCGGCAAUGCCAUCAGCAGGAAGUUCGGGGAUAUGAGGUCACAUUCUCUUGGCUAUUCUAUACGGCAUUCAAUGAGCAUGCCUACAAUGAGGAACUCACCUAGUUUCAAGUCCUUUGAGGAGAAAGUCGAAAGUACAGUUUCCAACAUUAAGCAGUCUAAGGUUGGAGGAACAGGAGGUACGGGCAGUUUUGAAGAGGUCCUGUCUUCAGCGGCCCAAGCCAGCUCCCAGGACACCCCUACUAAUAACGUGACUGAGAACAGCGAACGCUAAGGAUUUUAAUGGUCUACCAGUGAAACUUUGAUGACCCUUAAUGGUUUGGAGAGCACUGUGAAAAUUGCACCGGGGGCCCAUAACAUGGCAAUACAUGCCUUUCAGAUGCGUGUUGGUGCAUUGUCUGUGCAAAAUAUUGCAUGGAAGGAAAACAACCAACUGGAGAAUGUUUAUUCUAUAAGUUCUUUUCAAAAUAUGGAUAUUUUUCGAGGAGUCUGUCUUUGGCGUAGUCCUGCAUUACUUUAUUAUUUAUACUAACUCAACAUUGUUUAACUGUAACAAAGCAUGAUACAUUUCCAGGACCAAAAAUAAUGGCUGCGUAUACAAUCCUAAGAGAAGUACUGUUUAAAGAAUGUUUAACAAAAUGGAUGUAAGACUUUGUUUUCCUGAAUGUGGUAAUGCUUCUAUUCUUUCUGUAUGCCUAUAACUAUAGCACAUAUUUGCUGAUAACAGAUGCAGACAGCAAAUUUACAUUUUACUGCAAUUUAUUAGCUUAUCCGAUAUGCCUGAUUUAAAUUGUAAUGUAUUGGUAACCAUAACUGUCACUGACCAAAAAUGUAUAGCAUUAUUAUAUCCUGUAUUUUUUCUUCUUAACUUGAUACAUUUGUGUGAAAUUUGUUGCAGCUUUACAUAUUUAACAUUGACAUUGAAGUCAAUUGUUGUUUUAAGGAACAGGAUUUUAUAGCUGAAAUAUUUCUUCAGAUUCAUACUCAGUGUUGAUCUGCCAUUCAUUAUUAAUAAAUAAUUUUAGAAUGA